AUGUUUAGUCAUAAAGCCAUGGAUGUCCGUAGGAUUCAUAUAACCACACCGUCACCAGCAAUACAAUCGUGGAAUCGACAUCAACAUCAAGGAGACGCUCGAGCAACGACGGCACCCACAUGGUGGCAGACAACAGCCCCGGCUAAUGUUUAUCAUUCGAAUCAACAGAGAGACAUCCAGCAACCAACUCAAACAAAUGUUCACUAUCGUCCUUUGAUAGAGCCACAAAUUAGGACUACACCAAGUUAUUAUUAUCACUAUACCACCGCUGCUCCACGGUGGGACCAGAAUGGUCGUAACGUUCAGGUUGGACCGAACCAGAAUUCCAAUGGUGCUAAUACUCAGUUGAGUGAGCGUAGACAGCCUGCGGAGGAUCAAAGAAAUCCACCAAACAAUCGAUGGAAUUUACGAGAAACGCAACAGCAG